UUUUGAGAAAAAGAAUAGUUUUCUAUUUAAAAUGCAUUACAGUCCAAAUGUUAUUCAUCAUAUGAUAAGGAUUAGUUUUUAAUUGUGUAGCAUGAGGCUGUAUGUUCAUGCAGUGUUUACAUUUGUUUGUAAAUGAAUUCCGUUAAUCCCUCCACAAUGUCAUGCUCUUCCAGAGGUUUCUGUAAGAUUAUUGGGGAAUUUUUCGUCUAGAAGGUAUUACCACAGAGGCUUGGCUUCUCUGUUUUCAGAACUGUGAAUUUGUGCCUGGAGAGAUCAUGUGCCUGGAGAUCAUCUAUUUGUUUUAAAUCAAAUCCAUCCUGCAGGAAAUAUGGGAGUCAAAGUCCAGCACAUCUGGAGGUCACUCCAACCCAAACCUGCCUUGCUACCUUUGGCUAUGACAUCCAGUAUGGGCCUUUUGUUCUGGGAAAGGCUGCAUGGACAAGGGACCCAUGGCAGGCAGGUGCAAAAAGAACCAUUCUGCCCCUCUCAUGCCCCCACCCCACUACUGAAACUUGAGUUCUUUCCUAGUGCCCAGUUCUUCCAUUGAUCAGGUUGCCAUUUCUAUAAUGCCCUUCUUUGAUGAACUGCAACUUCCUGCCACUGUUCCUUCUUUCUCUGUCAUUGCUAUUAGGAAUAAAUAGUUUGCUGGUGUAGCACUAGGUAGCGAUGAACUAAUAGUUCUUUUUCCUUCUGUAAAUAUUUGUAGUACAAUAAAACUCCUGUACUUCGGUUGUCAGCAAUCUUGAGUAAAUUUGUCAAAAUUUGUCAAAAUACAGUCUACCAAAAAGAUCCAAAAAUCUUUAGAUUUGUUGGGUACAGAGGUAUGUAGGUGGAUUGUGUGCAUGCAUGAAGGAGGAGAUUUGUCAGUAGUCCGAUUUCAGACUGCAGAUGAAGACGCAUAUGAUGAAGUAUAUCAUAUGUGGGGUAAUUCUUCCACCUGGAAAGCACAUCUCAGUAGGAAGAAUGUUUGCUAAAGUAAUGCUUUCUGUGACAAGCUAGUUUUCUGUGUGCUAAGAACUUGAUUUUAAAAAUGGUGAAGGAGUCAGGCAUAGGAGCUCCUAGUGGGAGUGGUAUAGCCAAACACAGAAUUGCUUCCUCAAUUAAAACAGGCCAGUGAGGUUUUUGAAAGGAACAAAUAAACAGAUUUAAACUCUGUCUCAAGGUCACUAAAAAAGCAAACAUUUUUGUAUCUAAAUGGGACUGUCCCUGAGUACAGGAUCAGAGUUCAUGGGCAGGGCCAGCACUGCCGUGAAGCAGAACAGAAGAGCUAAGUAUCUCAGAUGGUAGAUUUGGGCUCUUGUUAAAGGAUAGGAAGUUGUGUGUGUAAUGGGGAGGGGUGUUCUUUGCUUCGGGAGAUGGUGUGUGUGUGUUUAAAUAUUUAAAACCUGCCUUUCAGCCCCUCAAGUCUUAACAAAAUUAAAUUAAAAAACAGUUGCAGCAGCUACAGUUUUCUGCUUCUAGCGCCAACAUGUCUCUGGCUAUCACUUUUCAUCAGAGAACGAAUUUCAUUCACUUUUAGGUUAUUGGUGAUCAGCUACUGUUAAUGCUCCAUAGGGGAUUACAUUAGUCCAGCUAGUAACCAUUUUGUGGAGAUCUAUAAGCUAACAGUCAGUGUGUGUAUAUUUAAAUAACUUUUUAAAAGCUGAAUUUUGCAUUUUGAGCUAGGUGUUAAUAUAAUUCCGUUAAAGGAAGUUAUUUUAUGUUCAGGAUGUAUGGAGAAAUACACUGGCAAGGGACUGAAGGCAGAGGAAAGCCCCAGGCCUCCUUUUAGGUAAAGCAAAGGUAGGGGCAGAUAAAAUGUUUUUCAGCUUUCACUUGCUAGCUUAGAGGCUGCCUUGGCACCUGGAGUGAAACCAUAGUUUCAUGUGACGUGCAUAUGCUACAAUAGGCCUCAGGCUCUUGUGCACCCUGCGCAAGUGGUGCCCCAACAAGACUAGGAUCGGAAGCUCGCCCUCUCAGAGACCACAGGAUUGUACCAGCAGUUUCAGCCAGGCCCAGAGGCAGAACAGUUGUCACUGCAGUGGUCUUAAAACAGACCAAGUAUGAGAACAUCAGCCUGAGGCAAUUGACAUUCAAACCACUGCACUUUACAGCUGCUGAUGUUUCUGCACAGUCUUCAAGGGCAACCCUCUUUAGGGCAUGUUACAGCAUUCAGGUCUGGAGGUCACCAGAGCUUGGAGGACAGAGCUGGUCUGGAUAUGUGUGCAGAUGCUGCUUUGUGUGAGCAGGCUGGCUAGAGUCAUAAAUGUGGUAGCUUUGCGAGCACUUCCUGCUGCUGUAGAGGGGAUGACCUUAGAACUUGGCACUGUGGUUUAAGGUUAUGAACAACAGGUUUCAGGCUUCUCUUCUUUGGCAAUAGCAGUGUGCUAUUAUUACUCAAACAAUAGUGAUAGAAGAUUUCCGCUUCCCUUUCUUUAAUCACUUGUGCUUUUUCACUUUGUGGCAAAAAACUGUAGAUCUAUUUCUGUGAAAUUUGUAGGCACGAAGUGUUGAUUUGGAGAGCUUUGGAACAAAAGUACAAAGGGCAUUGAUGAGAAUAUCCUAGAACAAAAAUAGUAGAAGCUUCCCUCCACCCUUAGAGCUGAGAGGAAAUUCCCAAAUAUAUCCAUGUUUAUCCAAAGUCACACAGGUGAUUGAUGCUCAGGGAUGUGCUAGAUUAUACUGAAAACAAGAAGUGCAUUACACACAAAUACAUGAUAGAAUCCUGAAGCAUUAUUUUUUAAAAGAGAAGCAACUCCUAGAGAAACUAAUUAGUACACUGGUGUGUGUGUUUGCUAAACCUUUCUCUGCCUUCGGUUUCUUUAUGACAGAUCCUUCCAGGCGCCAUCGCUACCACCCCACAGGGCUCCAGAUGUAUGUUUCCCAUAGUUUUGCUAAAUCUUCUUCUGAAAAAUCUAUUGGACUAGAAUAAUGGGUUACGAAUGAUCCUGGCCAAGCAAAGAGCAAAAGAUCUGACAUCCAGGUUUAUGGUCCACUGGGAAAAUAUAUUCCAUUGGAAAGAUGUUUUGUGUUGCCAGUAUUUGUCAAAGUGCCUGAUGAUUUGACUAGAUUAGUCACAGUAUUUUCAGCCAAGUAAAUUGCGAACAUAAUUCUUCCAUGUAAUUUAGUGACUGUUGUUCCAUUUGAUCACUGGCCCAUUCUCUCUGGUGGAUGCCAUGUAAGGGAGCAGUAAAGAAGGAUUUUCUCCAUCUAAUGUUUUAGGUUAGUGGAGAGUAUUGAAAUUUGUUGAGCAUUCUCCACACAUGUUCUAAUACUGCUUGCAUCUAUGAGUCACUACCUUGCUCUCUCCACAUCCCUAAAAGAGAUUCUGGAUUUGGGAUGGUGUUAGAUCCUCCAAAUUUCCCCAGAUAAUGGCACCUUAGUACAUCGGUUUUCAACCACUUGUCUGUGGACCAGUGCCGGUCUUCAGGAGCUUUCCUACCAGUCCCACACUCCAUGGACCAGCGCGGGGUCUGGCUAGGCUCUACCACUUCUUCCUCAGUUGGCAUCACAUUCAUGGGGGAUGCGCUGGUGCCACCAGGGGGGAGGCAGGGAGGAGCCAACUCAGUGAGAGCCAGCUGGGAGCCGCACUGUGCCAAUUUCAGUAUUUUACUUGUUGGCAUUUUUUGUUGCUUGGUUUCUGGUUGUUUUGGAGUCUUUUUUGUUUGUUUGUUUGUUUGUUUGAUUUUGGUAUUGUGUUUGGAAACAAAUAAAAAGAAUUCUGUAUUAUGCGUACAAUACUUUUUGUUUCAGUCUCAGCAGUCCCUGAGGUGAAUUUCCUGUUUUCACCUGUCUCCAGCAGUGGAAGGUUGAAAACCACAGCCUUAGUUUAUGGCAUGAGGGAUGCAUACCUGUCUGUGCCAUAGAUGGUUUAACUUCCAGCUGCCUAAUCUUUCUCCCCUUAGGAUGUUUUAAACUAUCACAGAGGUCAAAUGUGAUGCUGCCUUUUGAUUUUGUGUGUAUUUGAAGGACUUAGAGCUACUAUACCUGUCAUGUGAAUCACUGUGAUAAUAAGCAUAGCAGAGAACAUAUGCUGUGAUUAUCCAAGGUUCUCCAUUAUUGCCUGCCCAAUCAAGUUGCCUUUAGAUGUUCUUUCAGCUGUGGGGAAACUGCUUCUCAUUGAUAACUAGACCAUGUUGGUGGAAGCUUACUGCGCCAGUCUUUCUCAUACAUCUGCGUUUCUAGACAGACAGAUGGGCAAAUAUGGACCUGUGUAAUCCACCUUGGGUCCCUUACAAGAGGGGGCAAAGGCAGAAUACAAAUAAUAGAUACAUGAAUGCAUGCACGCGCGCACACAGAGAGAGAGAGAGAGAGGGAGAGAGAGAGGGUGAGAGAGAGUUCUGUUGGAAAGGCCUAUGGGAUUGGCAUCUGCCAACAUAUUUGUGUCAUUCAAACAUUCUCCCAGCUGCAACAGGAACACAAGUAACCAACUCCCAUGAGGCUGAGAGUAUGGGCAGCACUGAUACUAGUGGCUCAUCUCAGCAAAAGCUUAACACAAACCACUAGAUCCUUAUAACAUUCCUACUCAAACCCCAAAUACAAGCCACGGUCUUCCGUGUGCCCUAUAUGCAAGCCUGGAGAAUGUUAAAAAAAAAAAAAAAACCUGUGUGGGCAAAAAGAUUUUUUUUCUUUACUUCCCUGAGAAUAGUUGAGAUCUCUUUCAAAAUCUGCACUUGGGAAUGUCAUUAUAAGUAAAAAUAAUUUGCUUGAGGUUUCACAACAUUAAGCUUUUCUUAGAAAUGGUGAAACAUGAGAGAUUAUUAUUUUUUCCUUCAAAAGAACAAAGUUCUGGAUUACUUUAUGGUCAGCAGUGUGAGAAACAAACCGAAUUCUAAUAUUAUGGUUGCAAUAAUUUCUGUUAAACACAUUUUUCUUUUCUCCAGAUACACAAAACUUAAAUUGCAAGUCACUACGGAGGGACGCAUUCCUUUGAAAAAUAUUUAUCGCUUGUUCUCCUCAGACAGAAAACGUGUUGAGACUGCACUGGAAGCUUGUAGCCUUCCUUCAGCCAGGAAUGAUUCGAUUCCUCAAGAGGACUUCACUCCAGAAGUGUAUAGAGACUUUCUGAGCAACCUGUGCCCUCGUCCUGAAAUUGACCUCAUCUUCCUGGAGUUUGGUGCUAAGAGCAGACCAUAUCUUACUGUUGACCAGAUGAUGGAAUUUAUAAACUUGAAGCAACGAGACCCACGGUUAAAUGAAAUUCUCUAUCCACCUUUGAAGCAGGAACAGGUUCAGCAGCUGAUUGAGAAAUAUGAACCCAACAAUAAUUUGGCCAAGAAAGGGCAGAUAUCAGUGGAUGGAUUUAUGAGAUAUUUGAGUGGAGAGGAAAAUGGAGUGGUUUCACCUGAAAAACUGGAUUUGAAUGAAGAUAUGAGCCAGCCUCUGUCUCACUAUCUUAUCAAUUCCUCGCACAACACCUACCUCACAGCUGGGCAGCUGGCUGGUAACUCUUCCGUAGAGAUGUACCGCCAAGUGCUGUUGUCUGGCUGCCGCUGUGUUGAGCUGGAUUGCUGGAAAGGUCGAACAGCUGAAGAAGAGCCAGUCAUUACCCAUGGAUUCACCAUGACAACUGAAAUAUCCUUUAAGGAAGUGAUAGAAGCUAUUGCUGAAUGUGCAUUUAAGACAUCCCCUUUCCCUAUCCUCCUCUCUUUUGAAAAUCAUGUAGAUUCCCCUAAACAGCAGGCAAAAAUGGCAGAAUAUUGUAGAUUAAUAUUUGGUGAUGCUUUGCUGAUGGAGCCACUGGAAAAAUACCCGCUUGAACGUGGUGUUCCUCUUCCAAGCCCAGCAGACCUGAUGUACAAAAUUCUGGUGAAGAAUAAAAAGAAGUCCCACAAGUCGGCAGACGGCAGUGCAAAGAAGAAGCUGUCUGAACAAGCAUCCAAUGCAUGCAGCGAUGCAUCCAGUGGGUUUGAGCCUUCCUCUCCUGGAGCAGGGGAAGUGGAAAUUGAGAGUGAUGAUGACGAUGAUUAUGACGAUGACUGCAAAAAAUCAUCAAUGGAUGAAGGAACUGCUGGAAGUGAGGCCAUGGCGACUGAAGAAAUGUCCAACUUGGUUAAUUACAUCCAGCCUGUGAAGUUUGAGUCAUUUGAAACAUCUAAAAAACGGAACAAGAGUUUUGAAAUGUCUUCCUUUGUGGAAACCAAAGCACUCGAGCAGCUCACAAAAUCUCCUGUUGAGUUUGUGGAGUAUAACAAAAUGCAGCUGAGCCGGAUUUAUCCAAAAGGGACACGUGUUGAUUCCUCAAAUUACAUGCCUCAGCUCUUCUGGAAUGCAGGCUGUCAGAUGGUUGCUCUUAACUUCCAAACUGUAGAUUUAUCUAUGCAAAUAAACAUGGGGAUGUAUGAGUAUAAUGGUAAAAGUGGGUACAGAUUAAAGCCAGAAUUCAUGAGAAGGCCAGACAAACACUUCGAUCCUUUCACUGAAAGUAUUGUAGAUGGAAUAGUGGCAAACACUUUGUCUGUGAAGAUUAUUUCUGGACAGUUACUUUCUGACAAAAAGGUUGGCACUUACGUAGAAGUGGAUAUGUUUGGUCUGCCUGUGGACACAAGGCGGAAAGCUCUCAAGACCAAGACAUCUCAAGGCAAUGCUGUGAAUCCGGUAUGGGAAGAUGAAACCAUAGUUUUUAAGAAGGUCGUCCUGCCUUCACUAGCAUGUCUGAGGAUAGCCGUCUAUGAAGAAGGAGGAAAAUUCAUUGGUCAUCGGAUAUUACCAGUUUCAGCAAUUCGACCAGGUUAUCAUUAUAUUUGCUUGAGGAAUGAAAGGAAUCAGCCUUUGAUGUUGCCAGCCUUAUUUGUAUACAUAGAGGUUAAAGACUAUGUGCCUGAUACUUAUGCAGAUGUCAUUGAAGCAUUAUCCAAUCCAAUCAGAUAUGUGAACUUGAUGGAGCAGAGAGCAAAGCAGCUGGCAGCAUUGACUCUGGAGGAUGAAGAAGAAAUAAAAAAGGAGGCAAAUCAGGGAGAUGUCCCUUCAGAAGCUCACAAUGAACCAAAGCCUGCACCAGCUGAAAAUGGAGUAAACCACACCACUUCCCUCACCCCCAAACCAUCUACUCAGGUUGUUUCCAGCCAACCAGCACCAGGUUCUGUGAAAGUGCCAGCAAAAACAGAAGAUCUCAUUCAGAGUGUCUUGACAGAAGUUGAAGCACAAACCAUUGAGGAGUUGAAGCAACAAAAAGCGUUUGUGAAACUUCAGAAGAAGCACUACAAAGAAAUGAAGGAUCUCGUGAAGAAACACCACAAAAAAACCACCGAUCUAAUAAAGGAGCAUACUACAAAGUACAACGAAAUUCAAAAUGACUAUCUGCGGCGGAGGGCAGUCUUGGAGAAAACAGCUAAAAGAGACAGUAAGAAAAAAGGUGAAAGCAGUAGUCCAGACCACAGCUCUUCAACUGUUGAACAAGAGUUGGCUACCCUUGAUUCCGAAAUGACCCAAAAGCUAAUAGAGCUUAAGGAAAAGCAACAGCAGCAGCUGCUUAAUCUUCGGCAAGAGCAAUAUUACAGUGAAAAGUACCAGAAGCAAGCACAUAUUAAAUUGCUUAUUCAAAAGCUGACAGACGUAGCAGAGGAAUGCCAGACCAAUCAGUUGAAGAAACUGAAAGAAAUUUGUGAAAGAGAAAAGAAAGAACUGAAGAAAAAGAUGGACAAAAAGAGGCAGGAGAAAAUCACUGAGGCUAAAUCAAAGGAUCGAAGUCAAGUGGAUGAGGAGAAGACAGAAAUGAUUCGGUCUUACAUUCAGGAGGUGGUGCAAUACAUUAAAAGGCUUGAAGAUGCUCAGAGUAAAAGGCAGGAAAGACUUGUGGAGAAACACAAGGAGAUUCGUCAGCAAAUACUGGAUGAAAAACCCAAGUUGCAGGCUGAACUUGAUCAAGAAUAUCAAGACAAAUUCAAAAGACUCCCAUUGGAAAUUCUGGAAUUUGUUCAAGAAGCCAUGAAAGGCAAAAUUAGUGAAGAUGGAGACCACAGCUCUACCACUUCUUCCCUGGCAUCUGAAGGAGGAAAACUGAACCAUAAACCACAGCAAAAUGAAGAUCCAGAAGAUACUCCAGCAAAAGUGUUUGAUACACCACUCUAGCAACUCCUGCAAGGUCACGCCCCUAAAUUCUAGUGGCAAAGCAAGUUACCACCCAGUUCCCCAGAUAGUCUCUUCUUUGUGAAUGGCCACUGGGCAGCUUCAGAUUUGGAAGCCAUCUGAAGGGAUGGUACAUGUUUCUGAAAGGAGCAGCUGGUGAGGAAAUUUGGUGUUACUUUUAGACCUUUGUGUGACCUGCUUUAUGGAAUAGAUUCUUAGUUCAGUGCUGCCCUUUCUCUGGUCAGUUUUGCAUGGUAGUUCUCAAGUCUGAAGCUUUCUGUGGGGAACAGCGUGUUUUGUGCAAGUAAAUGUGCAUAGACCUCCAUGUGACGCAGCAGUGAAAACAUAUUCCAAACCCAAUUUUCCCAGCAUCUUUAAUUCUUUGUUUCCUCGUUGGUAACUGCACCUUGAAAACGUGUAUCAUCUUAAUAAUUGCACUGAUUUUUUUUAAAUAAAAGUGUCAUUUUUUCCGCUUUGCAAGCAGCAGCAGUUUGCUCUUUGGACAAUGUAUCACAAAAACCAUCUGCCUUGAGAUGGUCUGCUAAAACCUCAUUCACUAGAAAAUUAAGAUCUCUUCAAGAUAGAGAACGGUGUUUGCCUAUGGAUCACCAGUGAUGGGAGGCCACUCACGCUGAGGUGUACAGGCACACAUACGUACAUAUCCCUGUGCUGAAGGAGAGCAAGCAGGUUCCUGCUGAGCCACACUUUGUGGCAAAAUGAAAAAUUCCAGGGUUCAGGGUUAAUAUUUCUAGAUCAGUGAUAACAGCUGCUUGCAUUGCAAAUCAGUCAUUAAAUCACAAGAAUCACUCACUUAUUUUUAAAUGCACAUAUGUGGGUUCGAGAGUAUCAUUUUCAAUUAUUAUGUUUGCAUUGCAACAAGUUUUAAUGACAACUAUAUUAUUGAAAUGUUUUAAAUGUUAGUAUCUGACAUGCGGACAUCUCUUCCAUAGUUUUAAAAUAUAUGGUCUGCAUGUAAGAAAUGCCAUUUCCAGAAUGUAUAUAAAACAUGGCCAUUUCAGAGCUGGAAAGUUUGUGGAAAGGAAAAAGAGUACUCAGUCAGAAGUUUGCAGAGAAUGAGCACUUGUGUCAUGCUGAUUCUGCAGUUUAAUACAGUUAACCUUAGGAAGGUUACAGCCCCUCUUGAGCUCAACAGAACUACUUCCUGGAUAAUAUCAAAACACUAAAUUUUGUUCUGAUAAUAGUAAAGACUUUUAAUACAUAACAGCAUAUAUGUAGUUUGCUUUCCCUCAGGAGCUCAGUAGAUAUAACUUAUUUUAUUUAAAUGUAAGCAAUAAAUAGAGAUCAAACUUAAGUUUCAAGUUAAAUGCUAAGUGUACAUAGGGAAAUUAAAACUUUGGCUGAACAGUGUUUCCCCCUUAAUUUACAGUCUGCACAGAGAAGAGUUACACACUGUUGGAAGAGUAUCUAAAAGAUAAAACAUACUCUGCUUACAAUGUGUGGAAUAAUUUAGAAGAUGUAACUCUAAACUGAGACUUUCAUUUUGAUUUGAAGAACAUGACUCCUGUCAUUUAUUCUACUUUUGCACUUUGAUGAUCAAUAUUAUUAAUCAAGAAAUACAAAAACCUGGAAGGGUCAAAGUUUAAUGCUGCAUUUUAUAAGAUAAAGGUUAGAUAAACUUGUUUUAUGUUAGAUAGGAUACAAUAUCUAGCAGUAUUCACAAAAAUUAUUAUACUUUCUUUGACAUGCCUGUAUAGUGCUGCUUCAAAUAGAUUAGAAGAAAUACUGAUGAACUUUUUAAUUUAUGAAAUAAAAGUGAAUGGUUUGAUAGAGUAUAUUCUCAGCUGUAGUUUUCAGUACAUUUGUAUUUGACCAUUGCCUGUACUUACUUUUUUUUAAUAUCUGUACAGUGCCCUUUUUGCAGUUGUAGUUUAGUGUGGAAUAUUGUAUAUCUUGCAUUGUUCAAACUUACAGUGAUAUAUCAUUGAUCAUUAAUAUUACUUGAAAUAAAGUAAGGUCAUGAAAAAGGAGUCGAUGAUGUGAGAGUCUUGUGCCUUUUAUGUAUUUGCCUUGUUGCGUGUUGAACAUGUGGAAAUAAUAUACUGUGGGCAUUUCUGCUUUAGAGAAUAGAGCUACAUUAUAUUACACUGAACUCCAUUGUACACUUCAGAUGUCUUCACACUACUGAGAGUCUUUUUUCUUUUAUUAUUUUAAGAUGCAUUUUAGCUCAAGAACAGCAGGCAUUUUGAAUCUAACAUGGUUGUAAGAGACCUAAAGGGACGUGGCUUGCCUUCCUUUGAAACUAAUGUUGCUCUUGUACAUUGGUAUAAACACUGUUUGUGAUUGGCUGAUUGGAAAUAGUGAUUUGCUUUAAAUAAGGAGAGAAAACGUACAUUUAACAUGUAUAUAAUUUGGUUUCUCAGCCUUUUAGAUGCAUAAUUCACAUUUUUGUAAGAAUCCUAUGCAAUUUUGUGGCAUGAUGUUUCUUUCACUUGUAAUUUAUGUGCUUUCAUCACAGAUCCAAAUAAAAUUUCUUAAUGCUA